ACGUUCUCGACACGGGUAUACCAGAGUUUUGCCAGUGUAUUAUUUUGUGUAGGUAUUGCGUUUUUUUUACAAAUGUAUAUUUUAAAACCAACUUUAAAUUAAGAGUGGUCAAUAGUGAACGAAUCAGAAGUGAAAUUGAUUAAUUGUAGGUACACUAAUAUUUUAUAAUUAUUUUUUAACUGGGGUUGUAAAGUUACAGAAUACAAAUAUGGAUAGUACAGAUAGCACCGGUACAAGUGAUGAAAGUGAUCUUGAAUGUUUGUUAAAAUUUAAGGGUAAGCUCCGUCCAAUAUGUAUUAUUUGCAAAAGAGAAGGUGCAUCUUUAAGUGUUACUAAUAAAACUGCACUAACUUUCAUAGAAUGUACAAAAAUUAGAGACGGCAUAACCAAAGUUUCCGAUUCACAAAUUCACAAAAUAAUUAAAGACAUCAAGCUUGGAAAUAUAAGUUUAUGGUAUUGGCAUAAGUCAUGUUAUUUAACGUACACAAGCAAGAAAAAUAUUGAAGCUUUACGUAAAAAACUUUCCAAACCAGACCAAUACCUUGAAAGCGGUUUAACACCACCCCCUACAAUAGGCAAAUCUUUGCGGGGAAUAAGUUCAUUUAACAUUAAUAGGUGUGUAAUUUGCCAGAAACGUUUACCCGAAAAACGCUUGUCACAGGUAAUGUCCAUAAAUAUUGACCAAAAAAUAAAGCAUAUAGCAAGUGUCAAUGUAGAUGUUUUAAAGAGAAUAGGAUCGAAUGAUUUGAUUGCCAUGGAAGUUAAAUAUCACGUGACUUGCUUAAACACAUAUCUAAGAAAAUAUAGGAAAGCAUCCGCUGAUUCUUCGGAACAGUUAAUCAUUAAAAGCGCCAAGCAAACAGACGACAGACCAUUUAAUAAUGUGCUAACUAAAGUAAAUGAAGGUAUCGCAAAGGGGAAGGCUUUUACUCUAUCCGAGAUAUAUAGUAAGUAUGUUCAAUUAAAUGGGUUGAAAUCAAAACGUGUUUUCGUUGAGGCGUUGAGAAGAAAUUUAGGAGAACAAAUAGAAAUUGUUAAAUCGAGACGUGUGAACGAAUCCUCUAUCCUUCUACCAAAAUUUGGAAAAACGGAAACUCUCCACGAAUAUAUCGAUAAUGCCGAUGAUGCUUCUGGUUCGCAAUCCAUACUCAUAGGUCCUUCUGAACUGGCGCAAAUGGACAAAAUAUGCAGUGAUAUUCGAGUUGAACUUGAUAAAAUACCAGAUUUUGUUGAUUUUAACGAUCUUACUAUUGAAUGUUACAAACAAUACAUACCUGAGAGUUUAAUUUGGAUAAUAAAGUGCAUAACUGGCGAUAGCGGGGAACUUAAUUCAACCAUGAGUAUUUGCCAAGACAUUAUUUAUAGCUGUUUUAAAGGGCAAAAGAUAACACCCAAGCACGUGGGCCUAGGGAUCAUGAUUCAUCAAGAAACUAGAUCAAAAAAAAUUAUCGAAUGCUUGCACUCCUGCGGGCAUUCUAUUCCGUACAAAGAUGUGUUAAGACUCAGAAAUACCAUCGCUCAGAAAGAAGUUUCACGAUUCGUAGAAAAUGAUAACUCUUACAUACCCACGCAACUCGUUGAAAAACGUUUUGUUCAAUUCGCUGGAGACAAUAUCGACAUUUUGGAGGAAUCUCUUGACAAAGCGCCUACCUUUCAUGGAACCCAAAUCGUUGCUUUUCAGGCAGGGCCACCACACAGGCAACUUUCACCACUAAAACUACUGCCCUAUAAAAUAAAAUUAACCAUUCCUGAAAGUUUUCACACGUUACAUAAGUCAAAUUAUAACAAAAGCAAAAAAUCUGUUCCACGGCUAGAAAAUAAAAAAAGCAUCCUCACAGAAGCAAAACAAAACAGUUUUAUUCAGGCUUAUAAUUUUGCGUGGAUACUGUGCAGGACGGCUGCCACCGACACGCAUAAAGGUCCCAGUGCUGUGGUAGUUCCGCAGUGGUCUGGAUUUGGAAAACUGUUGCAUCACGAUGACACACAUAUUACAACAUACGCUUACCUACCUUUAUUACCUUAUGUGGCGUCAGAAUACGAUACUGUCUGGACAACGAUGGUACGAUGCGAUCAAAUUGCAAAAAAAUUAAAAUAUCCGUAUACGGUCAUAACUUUCGAUCAAGCUAUAUAUUUUAAAGCGAAAGAGAUACAGUGGUUGAAAUCUGAAGAAUGUUCGCAUUAUGUAAUAAGAUUAGGUGGAUUUCAUAUAAUGUUAAAUUUUCUGAAAGUUAUUGGGCAGCAUAUGGAGUGUUCGGGACUUAACCAUGUAUGGUUGGAAUCAAAUUUAUAUGGAGAUGCGACUGUUUCAGGAAUUAUGGAAGGAAAAAAAUGGAACAAAGGUAUACGCGCACAUAAAGUUACAUAUGAAAGUCUCAUGAGAAUCUUUACGCCGAUGUUUGAAAAAUGGUUAAUCGAAUGUAAGAGCGAUCUCAUACAUACUAUAAACAUGUCGAGAUUAAAGGCUAACGAAAUUUCUAAAAAAAUUAAGAAACAAAAACCUUUAACUGAUUUUUUUGACAUUAUUAAAAGUUGUGAAGAGUUGCAAAAUGCAUUUAGAGACUUUAUUGAUAGCCAGUCCCCUACAUUUCAACUUUGGUGUAGUUACUUGAAUAUGGUAGAAACUUUGUUAGAAUUCUUGUACAGUGAAAGAACUGGUAAAUGGGAACUGCAUUUGCAAAGUUUUAGAAAAAUGCUUCCGAUGUUUUUUGCAUAUGACCAUACACACUACGCCAGGUGGGGUAGUGUGUACUUGUGUGAUAUGAAGAAUUUGUCCCUUAUUGCACCUGCCGUGCAUAAAGAAUUUCUUAAUGGCCAUUUUGUGGUGAAAAAAUCUAAGGGAGGAUUCAAUCAUAUUUCGGUUGACCAAGCAUUAGAGCACGUGAACAAAACGUCAAAGGAUGCUGGAGGAAUUAUUGGUUUAACUAAAAACAGUACCAGAUUAGAUGAGUGGUACCUUAGUUUUAAUGAAAUAGGUGACAUGAUAAACACAUUUCGGGGAUCCUUGAAAUUAGAUCCCGAUAGUAGUAGCCAAAAUAUUGAAAUAGGUAAGCAAAGGAUUCUUAUCGAUGAACAAACUGUUUUAACCUUACAAGAACAAUUUCUUAAAUAUGGAGUUUUUUCUACGCAUACUGAAAAUGUGAUAUCUAUUGCUACAAAUGAGAUAUAUUCGGAGGAAUUACAAACAGCAACACUUGGUGCUAAACUAAGAGGUGAAGCAGCUCUUGAAAGUUUCAUUCAAAGUAUGGAUAGCACAGAUUUUUACAAACCACUUAAAAAAAUACGCACAGCUGCAUAUGUGAAAAGAAAAGAGCAACCUUCGACAAAUUCAGAUAAAUUGUUGGGGCAACAGUUUUUACAGAAAAUAUUGGCUGCAAAAGAAAUGGGAAGGAAUAUAAAUUACGAAGAUAUAUUUCGACAUGAAUUGACACAUUUUCCUAUGUCUCUAACGGCGAAUGGACAACUAGGCACUCCAUCACACAAAAGUGCAUUGGGGAACAUACUCGAAAAAUAUACCCAGUCUUGUACAAUGCUACCUCCAGAAAAAGAAAACACGAAGACAUGCCACAUAUAUGAUGGUAUGUCAAUUGUACAAAUCCUGGGCAAACCAUUGAAUUGCAAAACGUUCGGAGAAUAUGCGGAAAUUUUUUCCAAAAUUGUGUUUACUAACAGAUUCAAUGCAAAAAGAGUCGAUGUGGUUUUUGAUAACUACAGGGAAAAUUCUAUAAAAAAUGUUACUCGGAUGAAAAGAGGUCAAACAGUUGGUAUUCGCAGAAUAAUCGAUAAUCCCAACACUACGUUACCUCAACAAUGGCACUUAUUCAUUAACUCUGUAUUUAAUAAAAGGCAAUUGACAAAUUUUCUAUCAGAACAACUAAUUACCCUUUCUAAAACUAGACAGAUCCAAUUUGCUACAAGUGGAGGGUUCGAAAAUGUUACCGAUUUUAAAACUAAUGUUGAAUUAGGAGAUUCUUGUAAAUUUCUUACUUCUGAUCAUGAAGAAGCGGAUACUAGAAUUAUUUUGCAUGUGUUGUCUGCUAAAAUGGCUGGGUACACCCGGUGUAUUGUGGAGUGUAGCGAUACAGACGUGCUAGUUCUGUUAGUGCACUUCAAAAAGCAGCUUAUUCCUGAACUCUGGAUGAAAGUUGGCAAAGGGGAAAACUUAAGGUACAUUCCAAUUCAUGAUAUCAAUAUGUCUGAAAAUCUUUCCAAUAAUUUACCAGCAUUCCAUGCUUUAACGGGUUGUGACACUACAAGUCAAUUUGGAGGAUUCGGAAAGAAGACCUGUUGGAAAGUAUAUCUGGCAUACAGUCACUACUUAAAUGGGGUGGGCAUGGAUGACAUCUCAGAAGAAUUGUUCAUCCGCAUGUACAAUUUCGUAUUAAAAAUCUAUUCCAAGAAUCCAAAUAUCACGUCCAUUAAUACACUGCGUGGAGUUAUGGCUGCUGCUACGCCCAUCAAUAAGUUGCCACCAACAGAAGAUGCACUGAGGCAACACUGUUUAAGGGUGUGUUUUCAAACUAAAGUAUGGCUGCAGGCAUCAGUACCACUCCCAAAAUUACCCUCCACAACAGAAUUCGGAUGGUAUGUUAGUGCAAAACGCGAACUUUUGCCUGUUUUUACCACAUUGCCGCCAUUCCCCACCAAUUUGGCUGUUCUAACUUCUUGUGGAUGUAAAAAGGAUUGUGCCAGUAAGGUGUGUUCUUGUAAGAAGAACAAAUUGUGUUGCAUAGGCUCUUGCAAAUGCAUGGCCCAAAAAACAUGCAAAAAUCCACUAACCGCAUCCCAAUCAAUACUUCUUCCAGAGCAAGGCGAUUCUGAAUGCUCAGAUGACGAGUAG